AUGGGUGAUAUAACACUUGCCAGGCACAGGCUCCUGUUUCGCUGCAGCUUCUCAUGCAACCCCUGGUUCAUCAGAGGACUGAUUCAAGUUUGUCUCGUUGGAUCAAUAGAAAAGCUAGGUUCACUUGCCAGCAUCGUUGGAACGUUCAACAUGGAAAAAGAAGAAAGUGUUGCAGGGUCGCAGACGGACGAAAGCCAAAGCCGACAAGCACCAAUAUGUGCAAGUGUUCUAAGGUCGUCACCUUGCCUUCCUGACAACAAAGCAGAAGUGGACGCAGUGGACAUUAGCGUGCCGCAAGAAUAUUCUGUGGACGAUUUGUGGUACAGAAUGGACCAUGAGCAGACUGGUGGAAGGCGCGGAAUAUGUGACAUUAUAAAAUGCGGGGAAGGAGCGGGAACCCAAAAGGAUAUUGAGAUGAUACGAGACGUGUUUCACAGAACCCUUGGCUUUGUCGAUCCGCCGGACAACCCUAAAGGAUCAUCGCACACAGAUAUUGCAUGCCGCUUUCAAACAUUGGCGCGCACGGACGAUUCACGCUCAGAAUGCUUCGCCUGCUUCGUGUUGGGUCAGAAGGCGAAAGAUAUCUCCUCAUGCAACGAUGUCCAACAAAUUAUAAAAGGAAAGAUCUACCCUCAUUUCAACAGUAAGGCUUGCGAGUGGCUUUCUGGCAAACCCAAACUAUUCUUCUUCCAGCCUCAGAACAUCAGUUCUCUCAUGUUCAACAGUUGCCGCUUGCAUCGAUCCCUGUUGUAUGAAUGUGUGUAUGAGUGA